AUGCAAUUGGAACACCAGCUCCGCGACUCCAACGCACGAGUCCUCCUCACGCAUCCCGCCGGCGCGGCCGUCGCCGCGCGCGUCGCCGAACGUUGCGGUCUCCCCGCUGACCGCGUGUAUCUGUUCGUCGACCCGCGAGACCGCGAGACGUACGUCGCUGCGCGCGCGUGGACGGACUUCUGGAGCCGGCCGGAGGAGGUUGCGGAGUGGACGUGGCGGCCCAUUACUUCCGUCGCGGAGGCGCAGGAUACCACGGCCAUUCUGAACUAUUCCAGCGGAACGACAGGCCCGCCCAAAGGCGUGGAAAUCUCGCACUACAACGCCGUCGCGAAUAGCGUGCAGCUCGUGCACAAGCGCGGCCUAGUGGCGGACACGCCAGCGGGACGGGCGCGCAAAGCCCGUCUGGAUGCGUCGGGCGAGCGGUGGCUCUGCGCGCUGCCCAUGUACCAUGCCUACGGCCAGACAUACUUCUGCCUGAACGCGCCCCGGAUCGGCGCCAAGGUCUACAUCAUGGCCAAAUACGACCUGGCCCGCUUCCUGCUCUACCUCGACACGUACCGGAUCACCUUUCUCUCGGCGGUCCCCGUGAUUCUGAACAUGUUAGCGAAGCACCCGCGCCCGGGCGACUUCAACCUGCGGUCGAUCGAGAGCGUGACCAGCGGGUCCGCACCGCUGAACCCGGCGACGGGCGCGGCCGUGGCGCGCAUGUACCUCCGGCCGGGGGUGACAGUCAAGCAGGGGCUCGGCAUGACGGAGUGCACGUGCUCGCUGUCCGGGUUUGCGGCGGAUGACGCCGACGACGGGCGGUCUGUCGGGUGGCUGAAUGCGAACUGCCAGGUGCGCGUGGUGCCGGUGGAGGGGGAGGAUUUUACCGCCUCCUCCUCCUCCGGUGAGGGCAAAGACAAAGACGAUAUCCCCGCAGGCGUGGUGGUCGGCGAGCUGUGGAUUGCCGGGCCGAACGUCAUGAAGGGGUACUACCGGCAACCGGGGAAGACGGGCGAGACGAUCGUGCACGACGUGCAGGGCACACGGUGGCUGCGCACGGGCGACAUCGGGUACGUCGAUGGGCGCGGGCGCAUCUACGUGGUCGACCGCAUGAAGGAGCUCAUCAAGGUCAAGGGGCUGCAGGUGUCUCCGGCGGAGCUGGAGCUGGCGCUGUUGGAGCAUGCGGGCGUGGCGGAUGCCGCGGUGGUCGGUGCGAAGAUUGGUGAUGGGGAAUACCCGCGGGCGUUUGUCGUGCGCAAGUCGGACGCGGUGACAGCCCAGGAAAUCCAGGACCUGAUUGCGUCCAAGUUCGCGCGGCACAAGUGGCUCACCGGUGGAGUUGUGUUUAUCGAUGCCAUCCCCCGGACGGGCAGUGGGAAGAUCAUCCGGCGGGCGUUGCAUGAGAAGAGGGUCCCUUCGUCGACCAAGUUGUAG